AUGUCGGAUAUACCAGUGCGACCACCUGCGCCAGCGCCAGCGCUCCCUGCAGGUUGGACCGAGCAUAAAGCACCCUCAGGCCAUUCAUACUACUACAACGCAGAGACAGGAAAGUCAACAUACACGCGACCUGUUGCCGAAAUUCCACAAUAUCACAAUCCAACGCCGCCUACUGCACCUGCUUCCUAUACCGCGCCUCCAACCUACGACCUUGGCCACAAUAGUCAACAAGCGCAAAUCACUUCGCAGCCGCAGCCUUCGAUCAAUGACUUUAUCUUUGCAAGCGCGCCGAAACAGUUUCCAAAGCAUGGCGGGGCGCAUCAACAAUCACGAGGUGGACACCGGGGAGGAAUGCGCGGAGGGCACAACAAUUUCAACGACCGAAGAAAAGAACGGGACGACAAACCAAAACAUCGCCAAGACAUACCGAACUGCGCGCCAUGGGUGUUGGUGAAGACAAAGUUCGGACGGCGGUUCGUCUGGAACAAGGACACGAACGAAAGUUUCUGGAAGUUCCCACCCAAUGUUAUGACGGCCGUUAUCGAGUUCGAUCGGAAGGAGCGCGAAAAGAAGGAACGCAGGGAACGCGGUGAGCCGAGCGACGUGGAAGAGGAGGAUGACGCCAUGGCUGAGAUCGAGGCCGAGCUGGCAGAAGCGGAAGAGGAGGUGGAAAUCGUCGAAGUAGACGGUGAAGAAGGCAUGGAGAAUGACGAGGAGUAUGAAGAGGUGGAAGUGACCGAUGACGAGGGCGAAGCGUCGGGACACGCGCAAAAGCGGCAGCGCACCGAAGAGCCAUCUGGAGACAAACCACCAGAGGAAGACGACGAUCUUGCAUGGCAACUGGCACAGAUGGAGGAGAUGGAGAUGGAUCAAGGCUACGACGAUGAGUACGAUGAGGAGGAGCCUGCUUUGUCUGAGGAAGACUGCAAAGCGUUAUUCAAGGAGCUACUGGACGACACUCGAGUAAGCCCGUUCACACCCUGGGACAAGGUUCUGGAAGACGGCAUACUAUACGACGACGAGCGAUACAAGGCUUUGCCCAACAUGGUGGCUCGUAAAGAAUGCUUCAAUGAGUGGUCGCGAGAUAAAGCCCAGUUUCUCAAGGAAGAGAAAGCUCGACAGUCAAAACGCGACCCCCGGAUACCGUACUUGGCCUUCCUCGACCGACACGCAACACCGAAGCUGUACUGGCCUGAGUUCCGCCGAAAGUACAAGAAGGAGCCUGAGAUGAAGGACACCAAGCUUCCAGACAAAGAGAAGGAGAAGCUGUAUCGCGACCACAUCAAGCGGCUGGCCAUGCGAUCAUCCGAUCUAAAAUCCGAUCUGUCGGCACUCCUACGAGCCCAACCUCUCGCGCUCCUCAAUCGUUCCACGACUAUAGAUACCUUGCCCUCUGCCGUGCUUAGCGAUCUCUGCUACAUUUCUCUCCCACCAUCAACACGCGAAGGCCUUAUCAACACCUACAUCUCCACCCUACCACCUGCACCCGAAGGUGUCGUCUAUUCAGCCGAGGAGGAGGCAGAACGCGCAAAGAAGUGGGCUGAGCGCGAACGAAGAGAAAAGGCUCUCGCAGACCGCGAGAGACGUGUUCGUGAGGAAAAGCGAAAGCAAGAGCGCGAUUUGGCCUAUGGUAAGGGCAGAUUACGUGAGGAGGAAGCAGAAAUCGAGCGAGCGAUGAAUGUGGGGAAGGAGGGCUUGAAGAGUUACCUGAAGGAGUAG